UAGUGUUAAAGCAAUAUAAGCCGUCAAAAUCGCGAUUUUUUAAAAUGCUAUGAAAGAGAUGAAAUUAGAAAUGAUUAAUGAAUUUAAAGGUUUACAUAAAAUUUCACGUCCUAAAAACCCGUAAUGUAACUGUUAAAGUUGAAAAUAUAUUCCUCAUCAUUCCGUUUGACCAGUGCAAAUGGCAGCUUAUUAAUUUCCGACACUAAUUCCGAAGAUUGCCGAUGCUGAUAAGAAUGCGUGUGCUGCUGACCUGGGUCAACAAAAAUGGACGAAGAGAUUUCAGAUACUAGAAGCAGGUCUACCACACCCGAAGUUCAUUCUUCGGAUGGAGAAAGGCCCAUUCGUGGGAGGGGUAAUAGGAGACGGACAGCGCGGGGAAGAAAUAGGGCGAGAGGUGGCAGAGGCAGAGGCAGAAGAGGCCAUAAUAGAGCCGUACAAGGACAGCCAGAUCCACUCAACAGGGCUGAAGUCGCCGCACAGGCCAGAGCUGAAAGAGAUCGUCAGAUGCAGGAACGAAUUGAUGGCCUAUCUGAAGAUCAAAUGAAAUUUGCGAUAAUGGCCACGUACAGGGAACAACCUAGUUUUCUGUUCAGAGUACUGGAAGCAGUAAACCAACAGUUUACUGCAAGUGAAACUACACCAGAGCCAGACCCUACAUCAACACCUUUAGUAGGUAUUCCAACUUGGUGUCGGUGCAGCAAUUGCAGAGAAAUGCCUAGUGAGGUUGAAAAAAGAUGUUGCAACCAGAUACCUCAAAACUGCCACUCUACACUACAUGAUUUUCACAAUGUUGUAUUGGACCCCUUGGUUCUUGAGGUAGCAAUGAGGUAUAGAAAUGAUAUGAUUGCGCAGCCUCCAGACCAGGAUUACAAUAGAUCACAUAGACACACAGUUCCCCAAGGACACACAGCAUACCGCCAAUAUGUUCUGUGGAUCCAUGGAUAUCUUGGAGCUGGAAACAGACAAGUAAUACCAAGUUGUUGUGUUUGGGCUAUCAGGAACAGAUUUUCAGACCCAUCUGGCCAGUAUGUUGGAUUUAUUGGAGGACGUUUCGGUUGAGAUGGAAUAAAUUUUAUUUCAGUUUUA